AUGCUCACGUGCACAUGCUCACGUGCACAUGCUCACGUGCACGUGUUCACGUGCACAUGUUCACGUGCACAUGUACCUGCUCAAAUGCAUGUCGCUCAACGCAGCGCCCUCACGCAGGCCUCGCAGUCACAAGAGGAGCGUGUCACCUGCUUGACCGGGAAAGCUGCCUACAGUCAUCAUCAAAGUCUUCUUCGUAACGUAAGAAACGCUGCUGCCACUGCGAAAUCAAGUGCAAUAGAGACUAUUGACCACAGGCGCGCAAGUCAAAAGAGAGACGCUACUGCAACAGCGAGCGCUAGGGUUGCUGAGACACCGCUCUGUAGGUCUGUUCGAAAUGCUAGAAAUACUGCAACCACUGCCAAAUCGAGGGCAGUAGAGACACCUGCCCGCAGGCGCGCCUUCAAUCCAGGGACGCUGCUGCAACAGCGAGCGCUAGGGUUGCUAAGACACCGCUACGUAGGUCUGUUCAAAAUGAUAGGAAUGCUGCCACCACUGCCAGGUCUAGGGCAGCUGAAACAUUUGACAGGCAGGCGCGCCCGUCAAUACAGGGAUGCUGCUGCAACAGCUAGGUCGAGGGAGUCCGAGACAGAGCUGCAGCGGGCAAACUGCAAUGCCCGCAACGCUGCUGCGACUUCUGCUGCCGGAAAGUCCGAGGGCCCACCGACAAGGGCACACAGACUUUCAAGGCCUGCUACAAACAUGGCUGCUGUGCGCUAUUCUCAAACUCCCUAA